CUCUCGCUCCGCCCAGACUUUACUAUGAGAACAGGUUGGUACAGAAGAGAAUUCAGUUAUCCAUAACUCCGCGUUAGACGUGUGUUCUGUCUCCUCUCAACUGAAGCAAUGAUGCUCGCGUAUCUGGCGCUGCUGGUUGCGCUUUCCUUACCUGGAUAUCUGGAUGCGCUUCAUGGAUUAUACGCCUUUGACCAGCCCGAGCUCUUUCAGAAAAAGAGCAACUGCAAACCCAUACCUGCAAACCUGCUCCUGUGCCAUGACAUCGAAUACACGGACAUGCGUCUGCCUAACCUCCUCGGACACGAAACCAUGAACGAGGUUCUGCAACAGGCUUCCUCCUGGACCCCUCUGGUGCAGAAACAGUGUCAUCCGGACACCAAGAAGUUUCUCUGCUCUCUUUUCGCACCGGUGUGUCUGGAUGAUGUGGACGAGCCGAUUCAGCCGUGCAGGUCGCUGUGCGAGAGCGUGAAGAGCGGCUGCGCUCCAGUGAUGGCCGCAUUUGGGUUCCCUUGGCCGGACAUGCUGGACUGCAAUCGCUUCCCUCUGGAUAAUGACCUGUGCAUACCACCUGCUGGCUCAGAUGCUUUAGUGCCAGUCACCAAGGAAGUUCCAAGAGUGUGUGAUGCCUGCAAAGAAAAGCCUGAUAAUGACAAUGAAAUUGUGGACAGCCUGUGCAAAAAUGACUUUGCUUUAAAGAUCAAAGUCAAGGAGAUCUCCUACAUGAAUGGCGACACCAAAAUCAUUCCAGAAACCAAGAGCAAGACUACAAGCUACAAGCUGAAUGGUGGCGUUACUGAUCGUGAUUUCAGGAAGAUGGUGCUUUGGCUGAAAGAUGGUCUUCAGUGUGUGUGUGAUGAAUUGAAUGACAUCAAUGCUGCUUAUCUGGUGAUGGGCCAGAAGAUGGAUGGAAAUUUGGUCAUCACGUCAUUGAAGCGCUGGCAGAAGGGUCAGCUGGAGUUUAAGAGAAUUUCUCGUAGUAUUCGCAAGUGCUAAGAUUGUCCACUGAUCGGAGCACUCAAAUGGUCUUGAAAAUGAAGACCUGUAACAGUCACACCAUAUAUAAAUGCAAAGGUUCAUUUAAAACCCUAAUGUCUGCUUUUCCCGGCCAGUCAGAGCUCAGGAUUAGUGGAGCUGUCAGUUGUAACUGUCAAAAAGCACCUAACCUAGAUUCAGCACACUUACAACUUUUCAUUUUCCCUCAUAAGUUUUGUCAGUUAACUGCACCUACUAUUCUCAAAACUCAUUCUUCUCUUCUAACAUUUUUGACUAUAGAGCCUCAAAACUGCCACAGAACAAUUUUCUGACAGAUGUUUUAGCAUAUUAUCUUCUAGCAUAAAAUGAAUGUAUGUGGACACCCCUUCUAGUCCUUUAAUGAGUUCUGCCAUUAUUUCCAGUGAAAACAAACUUAAAAAAUGAUAGUUCAUCCAAAAAUUAGAAUUCUGUUAUCAUUUACUCACCCUCAUGUCAUUCCAAACGCAUAAAACUUCUUUCAAACACAAAUGAAGACAUUUUUUAUGAAACGUGAGAGAUUUCUGUCCCUUCAUUGAAAGUCCACCCCACCAAACUUUGAUGCUUACAAAACUUCAUAAAGACAUUGUAAAAUUAAUUCAUAUGAAUUGAACAGUUUAUUCCAAGGCUUCUGAGAGACCCAAUCACUUUAUAUGAUGAACAGAUUUAAUUUAGGCAUUUAUUCACAUAAAUAUUCAUCAAUGCAUGUGCAUAGAGCACAUAAAAUAUGAUAAACAAAAGCUCAAACAGUCCUGCUUGAUUCACAGCAACCAAUUAGGUUUGUUUUUGUGUCACACAAGCAUGUUUGAGCUUCUGCAAGAGCCAAUGAGAUUUAUUCGUGUACGUCAAGCAAGUGCAGUUGAGCUUCGUGUUUACACUGUCUUUUUAACUUUUUGAAGCAGCAAAGAUUUGUUUGAAUGGACUUUAAAUGGGACAGAUCACUCAGGUUUCAUUAAACAUAUCUUCGUUUGUGUUUCAAAGGUGAAGAAAAGUCGGAUUUGGAACGACAUGAAUUUAAAAUUUUGGGUGAACCAUCCCUUUAAUGCUAUAUUAUACAAUGUCAUUGUAGGGAAUUCUGUGCUUUGUUUCAGGAGUUUGGGAAGAGUCCUUUUCUGUUUCUGAAUGACAAUACCCCUGUACACAAAGCAGCGUUCAGAUUGAUUUACUGAGUCUGAUGUGGAAGAAUUUGACCGACCUGCCCAAAACCCAGACAUGAACCCUAAUGAAUAUAUUUAUGAUGACCUCUGUUGCAAUAAACAAGUUAAAAUCACACAGUUUUCUAGAAUGCCAUUGUAUGCCAUUACAUUAAUUGUCCUCACAGAAAUUACUGGAAUAAUCAGACCCAUUAAUUAGAAAGGGGCAUCAUAUAUUUAGGAAAUAUUUGCAGAUGAGAAGUUGAAAUGCUAGGUAUGAAAAUUUCAAGGAAGUAAGAUGAAAUGCAUGUAAUUUCAUAAAUAGUUCCUCUAUCAAAUAUGGAUAGGAAACAUGUUUUCUAGCAAUGCAUGGUCUAUGCGGAUUUGAAUCUGCCACAGUAAACAAGUGAGAGUGCUCGUGUGAGUAGUUUUGCUUUAAGUACUUUUAUCAGCACAGUGAGAUAGCUGGCUCUAUUCUCAAUGUUUAAAAUUUUCCCAUGUGACACUAGCCUCUGAAGUAUGAUCAUGUAUGUUUAUGUGAAUAUUUUCAUUUCUCCCCAGACAAUGAUGAGUAGGCCAACAAAUUUAUGGUUUCUUUAGCCCAGGGUUUUUGUCUUCUUUCUACUUGAGCCUAAAUACUGCACUGUUCCUGUAUUAUAUUCUUUAAAUUACAAUCAGCAGUUUUAUAUAGUAUUGGUUUAUUUUCUUUCUGUGUCAGUUAUAUUAACAAUUUUGUACUGUAUGGGUCUGUGUCUUGUUUUGCUCACAAAGUUGUUUGCUGUUUCCUUUUGUUUUGGCAUAUGAAUACCCAGUAUUAGAGUACAGUCACAAGCUGGUAAAACCACAGAGACAUGCUUCUCUAUGUGCUGCACCGUUAGAGCAAUUUUGACUUGUUGAGUUUUAUUGUGCAGUUGGUUAGCCAAACUUUUGUGAUACUCUGUAAAUAUUCAAAUUGUUAUGCUUGUACAUAGUUUCAAAACCUGUUCCAUUUCAUUUGUUCGUCACAGUAGCAAUAUGUUGUCAUUUCAUUAGUGUUAAAUGCAUUUAUUUACACCCACCGCCAUGUAAUGUAAUUUGAUCAUUGAUAAUUUGUUUCAUUUUUCUUCAGCCAGCACACAAUACAUAAGUGCAAAUAAAUGUCAAAAGAAAAUCA